AAAUGAUUGCGAGGCAGUGCGGCAUGAGGCUUAGGGCUUCCUUUACUACUAUGCGAAGACCGUGCAACUCAUUGUCAAUGUUUCAGUCAAAGAGGUUCUUCUCUCUGUUGAAGAAAUCAUCAGGCAAGCCUGAUACUACACUAAAAGAAGACUCUAGUACGAAUGAGGACAGUAAGUUCAUCUAUCAGACAGAUUUUAUUGAUAGGCAGGGGAAGAAAGUUCUGCUCUGCAGAGAUGCUUUUAAGGAAUUCAGUUCCCGACUAGGUGAGGGUGAGAAAAAGCCAACCCAAAGAGAACUUAUUAAGAAGAGAAGGGAGUCUGAACGAGGAAUGAUUAAUCUUCAAAAGAGUUAUUCAGAAAAAUUCAAAUUAAAAGCUUCCUUUGUGUCAAGAGAUAUGAGGGAAUUACUACUUAAUUGCAAAUAAACUUGAGAUCAUGCUUAUUUUGUGGAAGAAUAAGGAGUUCUGUCUAAGGAAUUUUAAGAAGUUCAAACUCAUCAUGAAGCAUAUUUGGAUAGAAAUAAAGAAAAUAGGAACGGGAAUGAAAACAUUGCAUAAUGAUGUCAAGUACUCUAUUAAGACAACUAAAGAUACGGAGAUGAAGGAGUAUGGGUCAUACUCAUUCACUUCAAGAGUUAAAAUCAGGCAGACUUGGGCUGAUGUAUUCAAAUUUAUACCCUUCUCUGUCUUUAUCAUCAUCCCAGGAGCUGAUCUUCUUAUCCCAUUUUACUUGGUGAUUUUUCCAAAUGCUUUACCAUCCCAGUUCCAAAGUGAUGCUGGAAAAUCUAAGAAGUUGAAUGAUCUUGUAGAAUUACAGAAAAUGAGCGCUCAUAAAUUAUCUAAGAUGUUCCCUCAAAGACUUUCAGAAGCUCUAAAAGAAAGAGAGAUUGACCCUGAUGAUAAAAUCAAGAUCACAGAGCUAAGAAGAAAAUUUAAAGAGAAGGAUUUUCUGACAACAGAUUUACUAGACUACAGGAAGAUCUUUAAAGUUUAUAUUAACUUUCAAUAUACUUCUACUAAGGCUCUUAUGGCAAUAUGCAACAUGAUGUCUCUUCAGCCUAUCACUGGCCUCAACACCAUCAAUAACAUUUUAAAGGUAUUCAGAGUUAAAAUUCCAAUAGAUCAUCCAGCAGUGGAAUGGAUGACCAGAAGGAUACUCUUCAGAGAAUUCUCUCUGUACAUGAAGAAGCUACGUAGAGAUGAUUCAUACCUACAAUUUGAAGAGAUUGAAGAUCUAGACGAGCCUACUUUGAACAGACUUUGCUUUGAGAGAGGACUCCCAAUCUCAAUUCUUACCAGGAACCAGAAGUUAAGAGAGUUGAAGAAAUGGCGUGCACUUUCUACCUUAAGAAAUGUGCCUGAUUCAUUACUUGUCUAUCUCAGAGUCAUGAAAUUUGAUAACAUCAAGACCCACCACGACAAUUUUGUUGAUGAAUACCAUAUUCUCAGAAGAUGUCCUCAUGAGAUCUAUUACUUUGAAAAGCAGAAGAUGUUUGAAGAAGCUCUUGCUGUUGAUGACUUGAGGAAAUUAGUCAAUAAUAUCAACGAGAACUUGAGAACCAAUAAAAAUGAAGUUAAGUUUUCUGGUGACGAUCUUGAUAACUACUCUGAUUUCUUAGAAAGACUCACUGAUAGAUUCAGCAGUCUUGAUACCGAGAUCCAGAAUACUUACAAAUUUGGUAGUCUAUUCUUAGAAUAUCUGGAGAACAAGCUUAUCAUUGACUACUUGUUAGAAGGAAAGCAGAAAGAACUUGAAGAAGAAGCACCUGACUUAGCUAAUAGAGCCAAAGAUAUUUAUGGUAAUGAAUUUUAUUACAGCAUUCCUAACAAAAAGGAAUCUAUCACGGAGGAAUCUAAAUGGUACAAGGUACUCAGUUCGAAGAGGAGUGAAAUAGAGAAUAAAUUAAGCAGCAAGGUUCCAGAACAAUACAUGCAAGAAUUAAUCGCAUAA